AACUAUAGCGUCUGCCUAUCUUGAGGGUAUAUAAAAAAUACAUAUUUCUCCGUUACACCUUCAACAAUCAAGAAUCAAGAAUCAAGAACAAGAACCAAUAUUUUCCCCAAAUUUUUACAUACCCAGAUUAACCCAUUGCUUCUCGAGGUGGAACUCAUUGGUAGAAAUGUGUGGUGGUGCGAUCAUCUCCGAUUUCAUAGCACCUACGGCGAACCGGUCUCGCCGGCUGACCACCGACCUUUUGCGGAAGACUGAGUUUGUAAAGAACCCUAGCAAAUGCUACUCGAAGCCCAUACGAUCUGAGAUCUUUGAUGUUGAAGAUGAGUUUGAGGCUGCUUUUCAAGGAUUUAAGGACGAAAUCGAAGCCGAAGUUGUGGAGCAUUUUGUUAGCCCUUCAAAUUUGUCUGUCUCCAAAGGCUCUGGCUCAAAACCUGUGAAGUCCGAUAAUGAACCUGAGAAAUCAAGUUCAAGGAAAAGGAAAAACCAGUACAGAGGGAUCCGUCAACGCCCAUGGGGCAAAUGGGCGGCAGAGAUCCGUGACCCGAGGAAAGGCGUUCGUGUGUGGCUUGGAACUUUUAAUACUGCUGAAGAAGCCGCUAGGGCUUAUGAUGAAGAGGCAAGAAGGAUCCGAGGGAAGAAGGCAAAGGUUAACUUCCCAUUAGAAGAGAAACCAGAAGUUAACCCUAUUGCUGCUGCUACUACUAUGGGGAUUAAACCCAAACUAUUUACUCCAUCUGAGAGUGCAGCUGCUGUCUUUCACUUCAAUUCUGAUCAGGGGAGCAACUCUUUUGGUUGUUCUGACUUUGGUUGGGGGGAGCAUUGUGUAAUGACUCCUGAUAUUACAUCUGUUUUCUCAGAGGUUGAUGAUGUGAAUCCUGCUAAAAAACCUGAAAAGGUUGAUGAGUCGCUCUUUCAGAUGCCCUGUUUUGAAGGGAACUGGGAUGCUUUCCUGAAUGGAGAUGCAGCUCAAGAUGAUGGAAAUGCAGUGGAUCUUUGGAGCUUUAAUGAUCUUCCUGUCAUUAUGGAUGGAUCUUUCUAAUCAACUAUGUAUUUGUUGGCGAAUGGAUAAAGCAUGCUUAAGCCUUUGAAUGGUGUAUCAGUUGCAGAGUAUAUAGCUUAACAAUGAGGUUUAUUGAGAUUGUAAGACCUUAAUCCAAUAUUUCUAUUGCUUAUAUCUGUAUGGAUGUACUUUUAAACACCGAUGCUUGUUUUGCUUUAAAAUGGUGUGGAUUUUCCUGAUAA